AUGGCUACUAAUUGUCAAACGAUCAUUAUAGUAAUAUCAUUGUUUAUUUGUGCAAGUUACGUGGUGCAAGAUUCACCCUCAAAUCGUGAUUAUGUGAUCCGCUGUAAGCAUGGUUAUCGUUUAUCUUCAAUUAAACGAUCAAAACUUUUUAUUCGUCGCAUUGGUUCGUUGACAAUUGAAUGCCAGAAAAUGGAAGAUGUUAUAUGUGAUAGGCUCCAAGAUGUUCCGCAGUGCUCUGGUAUCGCCGAAGGAUGUUUUGGUGAAAGUUGGCUGAGUGGUUUUCAUGCAUAUAUCAUCGAGAAUUCGACCGAUGCUCUGUUACUUGACCCAAUUUGUUGUACAACAAACACGAUUCAUAUCGAUGAAAAAUCAUGCAUUAACGAUCGUUUAAAUGAAGCAACAAAAUCCUUCGACCAUGCAAUAGCAAAUGACCUUGUAUACCGAGGAUUACAAUGUUGGCACCAAUACAACAACGAUAAUGUACUUUUUGAUAUCAUCUGGAAGAUGGAAAUUUGUUCUUUCAUAUCAGCUAUAGACCAUCAAGGAAUGCCAAGGUCUUGUCAGGAAUGUGACUGCAGAUGUGGCUUUAGAAAAUGCAUCAAUGGUUAUCAUCCAGUACGAAUAAUACAUAAGGAAAUUCAUCAAUAUAACUGUGAAUGUCGAUGUGAUUGUACUUUAAUAUGCAUGUAA